AUGCCUCAUAAUUAUAAUCAGAUGCCGCCGCCACCACCUAACUACAAUCAGAUGCCCCCCAACAACAUGGGAGGUGUGCCACCAAACAACAUGAGAGGGAUGCCACCAAACAACAUGGGAGGAGUGCCCCCACCACCAAAUAACAUGGGAGGUCCACCGCCUAAUGCAGGAUGGGGGAGUCCUGGGCAAUACCAAGGUAACUACACACCAGGCAGGGACGAUGGAGGCAUCCCCGGUACAAACCGUUACUGA